UGAAUGGGCGUGGUCGCGCUUGAGGAUAACUCGCUUGGGCUAACGGUGCUGCUUGUCGUCUUGACAGUUUUGUCUUUAUCGGACUAGUCUUUACAUUGGACGCAGUGGAGAUGGGCAACUGUCUGACGGUUGGUCCAAACGAAGCGUUGGUGGUGUCUGGCGGCUGUUGUGGCUCUGAUGUGAAGUCGUAUGUGGUGGGGGGGUGGUCUUGGGCUUGGUGGCUCCUGUCGGACACCCAAAGGAUCACUCUGGAGAUCAUGACCUUGCAGCCUCGCUGUGAGGACGUGGAGACAGCAGAGGGCGUGGCCAUCACCGUCACGGGCGUGGCUCAGGUGAAGGUCAUGACCGAGCAGGACCUGCUGGCGCUGGCGUGCGAGCAGUUCCUGGGCAAGUCGGUGAUGGAGAUCAAAGCUGUGGUUCUGCAGACCUUGGAAGGACACCUGCGCUCCAUUUUAGGAACGCUGACGGUGGAGCAGAUCUACCAGGACCGAGACCAGUUUGCCAAACUGGUGCGGGAGGUGGCGGCACCCGACGUGGGUCGGAUGGGCAUCGAGAUCCUCAGUUUCACCAUCAAGGACGUCUACGACAAACUGGACUAUCUAAGCUCGUUGGGAAAGACUCAAACGGCCGCCGUCCAGCGGGACGCAGACAUCGGCGUGGCGGAGGCGGAGCGGGAUGCCGGGAUACGGGAAGCCGAAUGUAAGAAGGAGAUGAUGGAUGUCAAAUUCCAGGCCGACACCAAAAUGGCCGACUCCAAGCGAGAACUGGAGCUGCAGAAAGCAUCAUUCAACCAGGAAGUGAACACCAAGAAAGCUGAGGCCCAGCUGGCCUACGAGUUGCAGGCAGCCAAGGAGCAGCAGAAGAUCCGCCUGGAGGAGAUCCAGAUUGAGGUGGUGCAGAGGAAGAAGCAGAUCACCAUCGAGGAGAAGGAGAUCGAGCGCACUGACAAGGAGCUCAUCGCCACCAUCAAGCGGCCCGCCGAGGCUGAGGCCUUCAAGAUGAAGCAGCUGGCCGAAGGACACAAGAAGAAGCGAGUGCUCAUCGCCCAGGCCGAGGCGGAAAAGAUCAAGAAGAUUGGUGAGGCCGAGGCGACCUCCAUCGAAGCCGUGGGCAAGGCCGAGGCCGAGAAGAUGAGACUGAAAGCCGAGGCCUACCAGCAGUACGGCGAGGCCGCCAAGACCGCCCUGGUCCUCGAGGCCCUGCCCAAGAUUGCUUCUAAGGUAGCGGCACCCUUGGCCAAGACCAAUGAGAUCGUGAUCCUCAGUGGGGAGGGCGGACGAGUGACGGGCGAGGUCAAUCGCCUGUUGGCUGAACUUCCCGUGUCUGUAAAUGCUCUAACCGGUGUGGACUUGUCAAAGAUUCCACUGUUACAGAAGAUGGCGAAGUCUUCGGCCUGAGAAGUGGGCCACUUGAAGAACUUUGGUGCCUUACUGGAUCCACGAGCAGAACAGCUGCAUGCUCUCUUGUUUGGGAUUAUUGGGAGGGGGGGGGGACAGGCGGGUCCUUGGUUCAUUUGGGACGUGACACAGGUGCUCAAAGCUUUCCACAAUCUUUCCUCUUCACUUUGUAUCCUCUAUUUGUGUUCACAUGUUGCUUUUGCACGUGAGUCCAUGUUUGUUUUGGUGAUGCUCAACAACAACAAACAAAGAUCUCUUUUAUGAAGUCCGGUACACAAAAAUCUCUUUUGAGCUUCUUUUUUUUAGUGGUUUUAUUCUGUGAUGUUGCUGUUUGUGGGAAGGAAAAAAAAUGCUUCUUUAGAUGCAAUGUAUUUUUAUUUGACAUAAACUACUGAGGACUGUUAAUAUUGUUCAUGUAUUUUUGUCUUUAUUAUUUUUAUAUUUAUAAUAGAAACAUUAUGAUUUGUUUUUGCAAACAUUAAAUUUUAAAAUGUGUCCCAACCACGUCAUCUGUUGUUU